AUGUCAUACAAUAAACAACCAUCCAUGCCAGAACCAAUGUCUGGUCGGGCUAUUGAAGACAUAAUUAUGAAAAACCCGGUGGUGGAAUCGGUGCAAUGUUCUUCAGGAUUUUGUUUUCACAGUGGAACGUGCACUAAUUCACCUAAUGCAACCUGUACGUGUUCGGUGGGAUUUGUUGGGAGUCGAUGUAGUAAAAACGGCAUGAAAGACUUCCGAGAUGAACUAAACAAUACGUGGGGGUAUAACAACGUGACAGCGAGUGGAUAUGUCGACAAAGUUAAGCUAAUUCUAGAGGAACACAUCAACUACGAUUAUGAGCUCAUUAAAACUGUGAACUAUACAAAUGAGAUCUUGGAUAAAAUUGCCACUGAAUUGAGGAACCAAACCAGAAGGAAAUGGGAAAUGAGAAAUGCCGAUUUCCUGCCAUUAACAGAGGACUAUAUAGAGAUACUUUCGACGAUUGUCACGAUAUUGAACGGUGAAGGUUGUGGUGUGGGCCAAACCCGAAAUUGCAGUGUCAAUGCGACUUUGUAUUCCAGCUUCCUCUCGUAUGCCGAGGAUAACCUUGUACAGAUUUCAAGCUUAAUGGGGAUGACGAGAGUUGAAGAGGGAGAAAUGAAAACAAUUGAAAAAGACAGCGCCAUCUCUUUCACGAUCCUCAAGUCAAGGGGGAAAGAUCUACCAUUUGUUUUCGAAGCUGCGUAUGGAUCUGUCACGCUGCCUUAUUGGGAGACAUUCCAAGACACUAUAGGCGGAAGGACAAUUGUCCUUAGUGUGCUGACGUAUCAUAAAAGCCCGUAUGGUUUUGUAAAAAACAUGGACGCUGUAGCCUCAGGAGUAAUCAAAGUCGUUGUGACAGACAAGAACGGAAAACGCAUCGACCUCCGAGAUAAAGACGAUCCUGUUGACAUGUCAGUAGAUAUGACACAGUAUUGUCUGGCAGCAACUCACACCUGGGAGGACAUGAACAAGUUGUCUGAUGGCCGAUCUACAUGUGUAGCUUUCAAGAAUGAAACGUACUCCGCUUUUGUUCUAGAAAUUAAAAUCAAAUCCUUGACAAAAUGUACUUUGUAUGGUCGUUAUGGAACCAUUGGAUAUCCCACCAAAAUAAAGCGUGACAUUGUGGUCAAAACCAAGGGUAGGAACCUGAUUCUGGAUUCAAAACCAUUUGGACUUCCGGUUAAUUUUGACAACCAGCUACUACAGAUCACGAUAUACAAUACACAUUAUGCUAAGCGUGGCUAUAUGGACCCCCUUGUAAUUACUCUUCAAUGUGAAGAUGACGUAGCAAAACGUAAGAAAAGACAAGCUUUAUCAAAUGUCCAUGAGUACCGUGUGCAGGAAAUUACUUUGUCACAGCUAGGCAGUACGUCGUGGGCGGAUUCAAACUCAGCACAGAUUGACAAGGCGGAAGGAGCUGAUAUUAAAUUCAAGAGCACUUUUUUCGGAACCUUUGCAUCUAACACGCUAUUCAUUCCGCCAGCCACCAUUGAUUUUGAGGCCAUUUUUACCAACUUCUUGGAGCGCUUAAGGCUCACCCCACACGUUCUCGUCAUUUUUGUGAUCUUAUUUGUACUGGUUGUUAUUUUGACUAUAUUUCUUAGAAGAAUGGACAUAAGUGAUCACUUAAUUUGGGAUUACUUGCCAUUGGCGGACAAUAAGCGACAAGACACGUAUAAAUACACAAUUUCUGUAUUUACCGCCAUCAGAUCAUCUCGUAUGCUAACAUCAACCCCUUACUUUGUCCUCGAGGGGUCAAAGGGUUCUACUGGAGACCGUAUACUGUUUGACGGACAACGUGAGAAUUUUGGUGCAGGCACCUGCAGCAACUUUUUAAUGUCGACAGACGAUGAAUUAGGUAAACUAAAAAGAAUAACAAUAUGGACUGACAACAAAGGAAGUUCCCCGGACUGGAUGUUGUCAAAAGUUGUCAUAAUAGAUCUAACUACCAAAGAGAGCUAUACAUUCCUUUGUGGCGAAUGGAUAUCCCAGAAAUAUGGAAACUGUGACACGUGGGCUGUUCUCGAACCUCUUUCAAAGGGUCUUCUUGUCAGGGAAACCAUUUUCACAGAAACAACAAGAAAGGGGUUCUUUGAUGAUCACCUUUGGUUUUCUAUCUCCAAACGUCCAAACUACAGUCAAUUUACCAGGGUUCAAAGACUCUGGACGCUAAUGGCUCUUCUGUUCCUGUCAAUGGUUGCGUCGGCGAUGUGGUUUAAUCAGGAGCCAUCAGAGGAGGACAAGGAUCCAGACACAGUCAGUGAAAUCAGAACUGUGGAGCUGGGACCGUUCAAAUUAAGUUACAAACAGCUGUACGUAGGGUUUAUGUCAUCUCUGAUUACAUUUGUUCCAUCUAUAAUUAUAGUGGCAAUCUUUAAAAACAGAAAGAUUAAACAAGGGAACAAUAACACUUCCGACCCUGAAAAAUCAGAAGUAGUAGCAAUGGAAAACAAGCAACGGAGACUCCUUCUUCCUUGGCAGAGUGUAUUUUUUGCAUAUGCUCUUAUUGGUCUCUGCAUAGCUACUGGUGGAACAUUCACAUUUCUUUACUCGUUAGAGUUCGGAACUGAUAAGACCAAUGAUUGGUUAAUGUCGUUUGUGUUUGGAACUCUCUUGGGCGUCCUUAUCCUGGAACCAAUCAAGGUCCUCCUAUUUGCAAUUUUAAUUGCAUGUUGUCUGCAAAGAUCAAAAGAAAUCCUUUCAGACGUAGGAAAUCCAUAUCAAGAUGUAUAUGUAAAAGAGGACGAUGCAGAGGAGGAAUCGGACGAGGUGGAAGCGAAACUCGUUUACCACCCUUGUCCAAUCGCAAAGGCAAAUACCAGAAAAAAUCAGAUGAAAAAGAAGAGACUCAAAUUAGACAACGAAUUAGUAGAACAGUUCAAGUCUUUCCUUCUGUGUGUAUUAUAUAUAUUUAUCCUCGCUAUGAUCUGCUCACACGUCACCACGACGACGGCUUUCCGCCAGAACGAGUCUAUGACCAUUUCCGUCAAUAGAAGUUUUGUGGUAACCACGAUAGAUGACAUCUGGACUUGGCUGACCGACUACUAUAUUAAUGCAACUUGGACCAAAUAUUUCGUGAAUGACGAUCUGAGGACGGCGUAUGAACAAAGGUUUACUUAUGAUGAGUACAGUUAUAGAAUGUCAUUGAUUCAGCUUAGACAAGUUCGCUCCUAUGGAAACUGCAGUGGACCGAAGGUUGUUCAGGAUGUUGUUACAAGGUGCACAAAUGAUUAUGAUAUCGAAACAGCAUCCACUGAAAACUUUUGUCCAGGUUGGGAAAAAUUCAACGCUUCUUGUUUUGAUGAAAACGAAAUAACCGACUACAGCUUUCAAUAUAAAUCCCCCGAGGAACUGAAAUCUUUUUCAUAUUAUGGAAAAUAUGCGUAUUACGGUGGCGGAGGAUAUCAAAUGCAGCUGGGUCCAAAGCAAUCCUUGGUUAUCAAGCAUGUCAAUAUGCUCAGAUCUAAAACAUGGAUAGAUGGAAACACUCGGGCAGUAUUCAUAGAUUCAAAUACGUUCAAUGCUAACAGCCGACUAUUUACACAUUUGAAGGUCGUUUUCGAGAUUUCAGAGUAUGGAGCUAUUACAAUGACAACAAUAUCAAAAUCCUCCAAUUUAUACCCGUAUGUGUAUGCAUUGGACUACGUCAUUCUUUGUCUACAGAUAGUCUUUGUGAUUAUAAUCUUGACUAAAAUGGUUCUGUUUGGGAUAAAGGUAUUUAAAUUGAAGCGAAAGUGUUUCGUCACUUUUGGUAUGUGGAUAACAUUAGCAGAAAUACUAUUGGCUUUGUCGGCUUUUGUGUUCUUCAUCAUUCGAAUCGACAAGACGAUCAAAGCAGUAGACGACAUCAAUGGUAGCAACGGAGCUUUUGUGUCGUUUGAAGAAGUGGAAUUAUACGACGAAAUUUACCGCUCGUGUCUAGCUGGUGUAUUUUUCUUAGUCAUCCUUCGGCUAUUGCAGCCUUUAUCUUUUAAUUACCACCUGUUUGUCUUGGAAAAGUCUCUCUCAAAAGCCAGAACAGAUCUCAUUUCUUACAGCAUUUUGCUGUCAAUUUCUUUGACGGCGUUUGCUUCGUAUCUUUAUCUUACUUUAGGCAGGACUGUUUCCGAUUUCAAAAGCAUGGAUGCCUCGUUAGGAACUUUGUUUCAGAUGCUUCUGUCCAUGAUAUCCUUCCGCUUUAACGUGGACAUGUCGUCUUUGCAAGCGCAAAUUGUUGUCAGUUUGUUCGCCUUCACAGUGUCAAUGAUUGGAAUCAAUCUUUUUAUCGGAAUACUUACAUGGAACUUUUAUUACAUCAAACUCUUACAAACCGACAAGGAGGCCACAGAAAACCAACUUUUUAACCAAGAACUCAACGAUCACUUUUGGUGGAGAGUUGAUAAAGCAUUGCGUCAACUGAUUUUCAGAAGAUCACCAAAGAGUAAAAACAAUUAUGCUCUUUAUAAGGCAAUAGAAAAGAAGAUUGAUUGUAUAGAUCAAAAGUUUAAUGAUAUCACGAAGGAAGAAAUCGAGUGGACAUUUUCUGCAUCGGCGAUGAUGUUUAUCUGCAAAAAAGAUCAAAGGAGAAAACUUCUGGGGUGCUGUAUAACCGCACACAACAACGACAUUCAGUACAGAUUUUUUGACCAAAUGACGAAAUCGACGAAGAUAGUCCUUACCCUCCCGUACUUGAGACCCGGAGAUGCUCCCGAGAUCAUUUGUUACGAAGUCCCCCUGCCUUUAUUUAUCCUUAGUGGAUUCAAAAUUCCACACAGUGAUUGUGCAAAGACUGAAAUGUUUGAAUUUACUAUAAAUGGCAAUUUACACACAGCUAAGUGUGGCUCCAGAAUAACAUUUAAGGCUGGUGAUAUAAUGCCGGAAGAUAUCGUCCAUUGUAGCUAUGACAGCAUGAGGUCAUGGCAGACGAAGCUCCUACGUGAGGAAGAAUCAUUAGGAGUGUAUUGCAGCAAGUUCCAUUCGGUUCCUUCUCAUUGUUUUGUGGUACAUCGACAGGAAUCUAUAAAACUCGAUAUCGGAGAGCUGCACACAUUUCCUGAUUUAGAACGUCAUCGGCUUUUUAAAACUGAUCACUGCAUUCGACUCCGGUCUGAUAAACGUAUAGCCAUUGCUAUAUCGGCAAACGCUAUACAAGAAAAUGGGGAUAUCGUUAUUAUGGUGGAGAAACCAUUUGCCGCAUUAUGUCCAAUAUUACAGCUCUAUUCUACAAGAAAAAUUAGUGGCACAAUAGAUAUAUGUUUGCCAUUGAGACAUCAGCCUACUUCACACACUCUUAACAGUGUGACACGAGAGUUCUGGGUGUUAAUUCGUGAGAAGAAUGCUCUUUGGAAAAAGACUGAAUGUCAGGUGGAACUGGACUUUGAUCGAAUCGUACUGUGUCUUCACCUCAUCAACAUGAAGACACCCACAGCUAUAUGUGUCAAGGAAGUUUUGCUACCCUGGGGGCAACUACAGCCUGCGACGCAAGAGUGGAAAUUUGUGGGAGAAAUAAGCAAGUUGAGCCAAAAUGCAGCGGUUCAGAAACACUGGCGGGAUUUAGCAGAGAAAUGCAAAGUGACCUACACCUCCACGUUUGAAGACCACCAUCUUCCCUAUUUUAUCUCUGUUGAGAACCGGAAGUAUGUUUUUAACAUGGACAGGUGCUUGUUCAGACGAAUCACCAAGGUCCCCAUUUCUGAUCAAGAAAAAUGUCUGGCCAUAUUGUCGGCAUGGCUGAAAGGGUUAAAGUCGAAGACUGGCGUGUUCUCAUUGAUUCCUUUGUUGAGAGAAUAUAACCUGCCUUAUAUUCCAGAUUUGUAGCGAAACCAAAAAUGUGAAAACCAGAAAGAAGCUGCUGCUAUUGCCAUCCAGCAUUAAUCUUCAUGUGGAGAAAAAAAACUUUUUUUUCAUUCGAUAGGCCGUGAACAAACUACUGGCCAUUGAUGCAAAUAUAUCAUGAAUCGGACAGCUGCAGCAUAAUUAAUUGAAUAAAAUCCACAGUUUAUGUAUUAGAAUUUUUGCACAAGCUUGUAAUCUUGAAGUCUCUAACAUUAUGACUUGAAUGAAAAUUUACAAAAAUAUAUGAUUUUAAAAAGAAAGCAGUCUAUAAUACUAAACUCUUUAUCAUAUAGCUUAUUUAUAGUCCGCUAGCUCAUUUAUAUUCUGUUCUGUACACGCUCAAAGUGUUUGUUACUCUAUGAUUCAAGUAAAUAUUUUAAAAAAUAUUUUUACGACGGCAAAAUGCACCAAGAGCAUUAUUUUUUUAAAAUACAGUGAUCAA